AUGCCUGCGGUCAGUGUCUGUGAUCCAAUCACAGCCAGGCUUCAUUGUGCUCUGAAUAACAGUCCAUCUAAGACUGCAGAUGAUCUGUCGAUUGAACUAGUAAGCAAUGCUUCGCGGAUCAUGCAAACGGAAAUCCGUUACGAAGAAUUAAAGGAUUUCCAAUUGACAAAUCAGAUGCAAGCUAAUUGUAACAUCUUCCUCAACUUAUCCUCUUCUGAGAAUUUAGAGGGAAGCAAAGGGAAAGAUGGCACAAUCUAUAAAAAGAAUGUUACCAACAAAGGGCCAAUUCUACCAGAACCAACUGUCACUCUAUAUUCUCCCAAAAAAGUUCAUCUUGGAUGGAAAGGCACGUGUCCAGUCGGAGCUGGCAUGUACAACGUUGGAAAUACUUGUUACCUAAAUAGCACUCUUCAGGCAUUAUUUCAUGUUCCAGCUCUUGUCAAUUGGUUGCUGUCUGAUCCACAUCAUAAUUCCAAGUGCGAACAAAACAAUGGCGGUGGAGAAUGCCUUACAUGUGCAGUAGCCAAGACUCUGCAGUUCAGCCAUCAAAAGUCUGGUGGUGCAAUCAAACCAUUUUACGUUUAUAAUAAACUAAAGCUAAUUUGCCGAACUAUGGUGCCUGGACAACAAGAAGAUGCUCACGAAUUUUUACGCUAUUUAUUGGAAGGAAUGGAACGCGCGUAUUUGACUAGACAUAAAGCGACUAAGUUGGAUAGUUAUUCUAAGGAAACGACACCUAUUAAUCAAAUAUUUGGUGGCUAUAUACGUACUGAAGUAAAGUGCCUGCAAUGUCAACAUGUUUCUACCACGUUUCAACACUUUCAAGAUUUACUUGUGGAUAUACGCAAGGCGAAUACACUGGACGAAGCGUUAAAUAGUUACUUCAGUAGAGAACAAUUGGAUAACAAUGACUAUAAAUGUGAAGCCUGCAAGAGAAGAGUUCCUGCUACCAAACAAUUUACUCUGGAGCGUCCGCCAAAAGUGUUGUGUGUACAGUUAAAACGAUUUAGCUUUUUAGGAGGAAAAAUAUCUAGACACAUUGGUUUCAAACAGACUAUAGAUAUGGGCCAAUAUUUGUGGAGAGAACCGGGCGAAUCUCCCAAACCGCUAACUUAUAAACUUAUGUCAAUGGUAACACACAUGGGUCCUUCUGUAAACUGUGGUCACUAUACGGCGAUUGCACAAGUAUCAAGCGGUCAAUAUUAUUCCUACGAUGAUUCUUGUGUUCGUCCAAUAAGCCUUAAUAAUGUAUUAAGUACAAACGCAUACAUUAUGAUUUUCGAAAUGGAAAAUGAUAGUCAAAAUCAACAAGUUGCAAAAAUGAAUGGCACGACAUCAGCAAAGAGUGUACCGACCUCGCUUUCCAAUUCUACAAAUAAGUCUCCUAUAUCCAAAGCCUUGAUGUCCGCUGGAUGUUUCACAAACGGGUCAUCAAGCGGAAAUGACUUCGGUAAUACGAGUAAACUAACGUUAAUCGGUCCGCAGCUCCCGCCGCAAAGAAGUAUAGAAUUAAAUCUUCCUGUAAAAAAAUCUAGUGAUACUGUUAUUACACCAUUGCCACAGAAAACGCAAGAUAAACCACACCCAAGAUUAGUUAUGCACAUUAAAAACGGAAAGGUUCUAAAUGGAAACAGUUUAGUGCCCUAUGAUGGUUCCAGUGAGGAAGAAGAUUGUUCCUCUGGGAUGGGGACGUCAAAAAAUCAAAUGUCAAAUACUGCGUCCCGAAUUAAUAUCACGAAUGGUGUGUCAAAAUGCCUUGCAAAAGAUGUAGUGAAAACAGCCUCUAAUUUUAAAGAAUUACAAAAGGUUAAUUCCAAGAGCAAUACCAACGGUGUGUCAACGACAACACAAGUUACAAUUGCAGAUUGUACAAAAGCGCAAAAUGGACCCAACAGUAACGGCCGAAUAAAUGUGCUAAAACAUCAAAAUGGAAAAAUUGAAACGAAUGGUCAGUCUGAGCAGCGCGAUAAAGAUAAGUAUCGCCAGAUCAUUAGAAAAAAUGGACAAGAGAUCAUAUCUACGAAGGCUGCAACUAGCAAUGCUAAAAGCUGGCAAGUCAAGGAUACAACUCGUAUUCUCAGUGGGUCAACUAAUGGAUGGUCAUAUAUUGACAACAGGGAGGAUACUAAAUUACAUCAAAGUGGUACGACACCGAGUGCCGCGGCUGUGCGAAAUUUUAAUGGUACCAAUGACUCGGACGUUGUUCCAAGCUUAUCAAAAAUGUCGUAUCGCGGAUACGGCAGUUCUUCGGUAAUGAGUUGGAAUGGCAACAGAACGCACCUCGAUCGCGAUAUCGAUAAUGAGAGACGAGAGGAACGUAAACGUCAUUUUAACGCAGACGACGAAGAAAUAGAUAAAGGCCGGACAAAGAAGGUCAAGGAUCACACAAAUCGUCGGUCAUACGAGGAGAGGUCCAGUACAAGGAACAAGUCAUUCCAAAACAAAAUGCGGAAUCGACCAGUUAAUGGUUAUCAUAAUCAUUACCCUCAUCAUUACCAUCAUCCUUAUAAUAAUCGAAGACAUUAUAAUACUUCUCACCCACGAUCACGGCACGGAAACAAUUAUAGACCACACUAUAGAAAUAACUCUUAUAGAUAUCUAUAUCACUAAGGCUCACUCUUGCUGCCAUUGGGCUGUGAGUGAUCGGCAACAAUGUGUAAACGGAGAAAGAUUUUUAGGAGUUAUAUCGACGAUUCAGAGAUA